AUGAAUAAUUAUAACGUAUAUCAGCUUUUUAACGCUACAUAUAAUCCUGACCCUAAUGUACAAAAACAAGCAGAAUUACAAUUAAAACAGAUUGAAGGUACACCAGGAUUUAUAACUAACCUUCUUCAAAUAUUAAGUGCACAAGAAUUAGAUAAUGGAACAAAGCAAGCUGUUUCAAUCUAUUUAAAAAAUCGGAUCAGAACAUCAUGGUAUGUUGAUGAAGAAGAACAAAUACCAUCAAAUGUUGUUGCUAUUGAUUUACAAGAUCGUGAAGCCUUCAAAGCAAACAUAUUAAAUAUUUUGGUAACAGUUCCCAGCAUUAUAAGAGUACAAGUUCUUGAUUCUUUAAGAAGGGUUCUUGGUGUUGAUUUUCCAGAAAAAUGGCCAAAUUAUAUGGAUCAAGUAAUUACUUUGUUAACAUCAAACGAUUUGAAAAUUUCAUAUAUUGGAUUAUUAGGUUUACAGCAAGUAGUUAAAGUUUAUCAAUGGAGAUCUCCUGAUGUUAAAGAUCCAUUAAUUGAAAUCAUUCAAAAAUCUUUUCCAAUUUUACUACAAAUUGCUGAAAUUAUUAUAAAUGAAACAAAUGUUGAUGCAGGUGAAAUGAUGAAAAUUAUAGUGAAAACGUUUGGCUCUUCAAUUCAUUAUGAACUACCAAAACCUCUUCAAGAUAGUACAUUUAUUGGACAUUGGUUAGGCCUAUUGUUGAAAUUGGUUGAUAAGCAAAUACCGCAAGAAUUGAUUCCACAAUAUGAUGAUGUUGAAGAAAGACGAAAUUUUAUAUGGUACAGAGUUCAAAAAUGGUCAUGUCAUGUUAUUGAUAGGCUUUUUUCAAGAUAUGGUAAUCCUGCACAAUUAUCAUCUUCGCCUACAAAAAAUAUGACUUUUGCUGAAACUUUUGUACAAAACUUUGCUCCUCAAAUAUUAUAUAAAUACUUGGAAAAAACCAACCUUUGGAUCAAAAAGGAAAUUUGGUUAAGUCCAAAAAUUCUUAAACCUCAUUGUGAAAUAUUAGUUUCUCAUUACAUAUUUCCUCAAUUAUGUUUUACUGAUGAGGAUGAACAAUUAUGGAGUGAAGAUCCAAUUGAUUUUAUUCAUAAAAAACUUGAUCCAUUAGAUGACUAUUUAUCACCAACUUCUUCUGCCAUAUCAUUUCUGGGAAGUUUAGCUAGACACAGAAAGAAAUUCACAUUCACAAAUAUCUUAAACUUCAUAAAUAGCAUUUUAACUACUUAUCAAGAAUCACCACCUGAAACAAAAAAUCCAAAAAAUAAAGAUGGCGCUUUAAAAAUGAUUGGAUGCUUGUCGGAUUUGGCUUUACAUCGAAGAUCUGGCGUUGCUAAUAUAAUGGAAGCAUUUUUUGUUCAUCAUGUUUUUCCUGAAUUUCAAAGUCAACAUCCUUACUUAAGAGCAAGGGCUUGUGAUAUGAUUAUGAGAUUUAAUGAGCUUGAAUUUCAACAAGAAGCAAAUAUCAUGACUGCUUUUCAAGGAAUUACGAUUUGUAUGCAAGAUCCUGAACUCCCUGUUAAAAUUCAAGCUUGCUUAGCUUUGGAACCUUUAUUAAAAUAUGAGUCAGUGAAAAAAGUGCUUGUUCCUAAUUUACCAGCAAUAAUGCAAAAGCUUCUUGAACUUACAAAUAUGAUUGAUUCUGACAUUUUGGCAACUUUAAUGAAAGAACUUGUUGAGGAAUUUUCAAGUGAAUUAAAUCCAUUUGCUACAGAAUUUUGUCAACAAUUGUGUACCACUUUUCUUCGCAUCAUGCAUGAUUACAAAGAAAUUCCUUCCGCCAAUGACAACAUUGAUGAUAGUAGUCUUGAUGAUGCAGAGAUGAAUGAGAAAAUUUUGACAGCUUCAGGUAUUAUUAGAACGGUAGUUACGCUGAUUGUAAAUUUAGAUACUACACCUGAAGUUUUAAUUCAAAUGGAGUCUAGUAUAAUGCCUAUAGUUGUAUUUGUUUUAGAAAAUGAAGUUAUUGAAUUAUAUGAAGAGGUUUUGGAUAUCAUAGAUAGCUUGACAUUUUCUAUUAAGCAAAUUUCUCCUGCAAUGUGGAAUAUUUUUGAAUUAUUAUAUAGAACAUUUAAAAAAUCGGGGGUUGAUUAUAUUGAAUGCAAGUCAAUGUUACCAUCUUUGGAUAAUUAUAUUUCUUAUGGGACAGAAGUAUUUAUGCAAAAUUCCAAUUUUCAUGUAAUGAAAAGUGAAAAUUUAUCAGAAACUGAUCGAGUUGCUGCUUGCAAGCUUGCAGAAUCAUUUUUAUUGAAUUGUAGUGGUAUUAUAGAUCAGUAUAUUGAACCAAUCCUUGGACUUGUAUUUAAAUAUUUAGCCGAUAUCGAAAAUAUUGAAACUUCAAGUUUUAAAUUUUAUUGUGUUGAAUUAGUGAUUGAUUGUUUAUAUUAUAAUCCAUUAUUAACUUUACGUAUUCUGGAAGAACGUAGUUUAACGCAAUCAUUUUUCACAUUAUGGUUUAAAGAUUUAAGUCAUUUCUCACGUGUACAUGAUAAAAAACUGGUUAUAGCCACAAUAUGUCGAUUUUUUGAAAUACCAAUAGAGCAAUUACCUGCCACUUUACAAAAUGGUUGGUCACAAUUACUUGAUGGUGUUUUGGAAAUGUUCAAGUCUUUUCCUGAGGCUGAAGAAAAUAGAGAAAUUCUAAAGAAAUUUUAUGAAAAUGGUUUUGAUAGUGAUGAUUUGGAUGAUGAUGACGACGAUGACGAUGGAUCUAUAGAUUUAGAAACUAAAGAUAAUGAUGGUGAUGAUGGCUAUGAAACAGUUGAUGAUGAUGAAAAUAUAGAAGACGAAGAUAAAGAAUAUUUAGAUUUCUUGUCAUCAGAGGCCAAGAAAAAAUCUCUGAAAAAGCUUGAUGUUUAUAUAAAAUUUCAAGAAGUAUUUUUCGGUAUGCAACAAUAUUAUCCUAAUUCUUAUGAAUUACUUGCAAAAAACCUUGAUUCGGAAAAAGAAAAUUUUAUUAGAUCUUUAUUUUCUAUCGCCGAACAACGAAAAGCUGAACUCGCAAAAGCUCAACAACUUUUAGAAGAAUUAAUUUGCAUUCACAAUGGAUUUACCAGUUUAGCCUUUCUUAAACUAUUGACUAAGUUAGAACAUCUUGAUAUUAGAGGCAAUAACACCACUAAUUGCUUUACUGUAAAGAGAGAACAGCAAUUGUCUAAAAAUAAUAAUGAUACUUUAAAAUGUUCUACAACUCCAAAAAUACCCAACAGUCAAACAUUGGUACUGAUUUGUCAACAUCUUUAUGUUUUUAAAAGAAAGAUUAAAAUACGAGGCUUAUUUAAAGGUGUUAGUAUUUAUACGACGGGUAUUCUAGGUGAUAUAUUAGUUCACUUCUCAACCUAUGAUGCUUUAAGAGAACAUGUUAGUAAAGGUAAUGCAAAAGGUAUUGGUCUCUCGUGUCUUGAAGACCGUAGUCAAACAACGAUCAAUGCUUUCUUAGGAACAUUAAGUGAUGUAAUUAACUCUAGUUUAUGGUACCAGUUGAUGCUAUAUCACGACAAUUCAAAUUUCUAA